UAAAUGGGAGGAGCUCAGAGGCAGAGUCAGAGAGAAAAGGUGUCAGUCACAGACAGGAGUAGCCUACAAAAAGAGUACUGCAUGUUAAGUUUUGUUAGAUAUGAUUCACACUGCAGCAGACGUCCCACGUCAACAUUUUCCUCUGAAGCAAAGAAAUGAAUAUCCUUUCAUCUAUCCAGCUAUCCACACAGGUCACAGCCCCCCCAACAGAAACACAUCCUAUAAUAAGGUGCAUUAUAAACAACAACCUCAAGAAGCUCCAAAAAUUACUUAAAAAAUACGACGUUAAUGAAGUUUACCCCUGCAGAGAGUGGAAUGACUAUAUAACUCCACUGAUUGCUGCUGUUGUAAAUCACAAUAGGGGAAUUCUUACUUUCCUUUUGCAUCAGGGUGCAGACCCAAACAAGGCUUCCCAAAAUGUCUGGACACCUUUGCAUUAUGUCUCACUAUCCAAAGCACCACUUUAUUUUGUGGAGAAACUACUUGAAGCAAAAGCUAAUCCAAACGGAUGCAAUCCCAUAUUCACACCGCUGCAAGCUGCCAUCAAUGACAGGGAGGAUGUUCUGAAAGUGCUCAUCUCUGCCGGUGCGCUGGUAACUUUGUUACCUCUCCCUAAUCCUGAAUUACAAAAAAUAUCUCAGAUAAUUCAUGAACUUGCAUUAAAAGGAGACAAAUUGUGCUCCAAACUCAGAUAUUUCCUGGAUAUGGAAAUAGCUGUGCGAGAGAAACCACCUGAAGAAGUGUUCAAAACCUUUGACAGCCACAUGCUGCUGGAGGAUCCUCAGACCCAUCUGACCAUGAUCGAAAUUCUCUUUACUGUUACUGGGCCAGGUAAUGAAAAAUACAGCCAGGGAAGUAUCAAAUGGUUGAAGGACACUAAAAAUGUGAACACAUAUAUUACAGGUGCAGUCAGUCGCUUUCCAAACAUCCCUGAGAGAGAUGUAAAGAGAGCAAUAGAUAGUUUGCAUGCAGUUUUCUGCACAAUGGAAGACGUACUAAAUGAGCAAGCAUUAGCUAUAAUCCCCCAACUACUGGACCAGCUUUGCUCCAAAGAUAGACCUGAUAUAUGCCAAACUGUUCUGCAAACUCUGUAUGUGAUAACACAGAAAACAAAGGGCACAGAUGGCUGGGAUCCUGACUUUCUUGAGAAGUUAUGCAAAACAGUUGCUCCUUUUGUAAAGAACCAACAUUCUUCUGACAUUAGAGUUUACACAUAUGGUGUAUUUGCAAACUUACUUUCAGUUAAACAGGCAGCUUCCAUCUUUACAUCAGUGGGGAUAAUGUCGGUGCCUGAGGACACACUAGCAUUUGCAGAUAUGAAAAUGAAUGACAAGCUGAAAGAAGUGCUCAGACGACUGAAAAAUCAUUUCAGCAAACCAAACAUGGAAUGUGAAGACUCUGCAAUCUUACCUGGAUCCAAGAAAAAGAAGAAAAAGAAGAAGAAGAGAAAGAAGGAAAAGCAAGAAGACCCAAACGAUGAUGUUUGCACUGCUGCAACUGAUCUAACAGCAGCUUCUGUUAUGGAGUCAACUUCAUAUAUGAUGCCCUUCCAGUUCAACACUACUGUAUUAUCAAUAAAACACAAAUGGCUCCAAAUAAGCAAGAGGUGGAGAGAAAAACUAGAGAAGCUUCUGAGCACUGAUGAAAGUAAAGUAACCAAUAUUGGGAGCAUGAUUUAUGUGAAUGAUGCAGAAUUCCGCAUAGCGAAGGGAAGUGAUGGUACUGAAGUCUUCUUGGGGCUGAGAGAUGAUGGCACUGAAGUUGCUAUUAAGAGAAUGUCUAAAUGCAACUAUCAAGUGCUGAAGAAUGAGGAAGGAUUUCUGCGACUUCCAGAGCUUGAUCAUCCAUUUAUUGUACGAUAUGUUGAUGCUGCGGAGGAUGAGAACUUUGGAUAUCUUGGACUUCAACUUUGUGAAAACACCUUGGAAGAGUACAUCAGAAGUAAUGAUAGGAGUCUGCCGAUAAAAGAACUUGUUUCUCAGGUUCUGGAAAGUUUAAGGGUGCUUCAUUGUCAGAGUCCUCCAAUUCUUCACCGGGAUCUCAAACCACAGAAUGUCUUGAUCGAUGUUAACGGGAGGGCAAGAUUAGCUGAUUUUGGCAUAAGUAGACGGUUACCCAAAGGCCAAACAACUUAUCGCACAGCCAGUGCAGGAACUAAAUGCUGGAUGGCCAAGGAGACUUUAGCAGACGAAGGUGACACUGACAUACCAUACAAGGCAAACACUGAUGUACAGGUGGCAGGUAUGCUCAGUUAUUAUAUUCUUUCUGGGGGACACCAUCCUUUCGGCGACAAAUCCUAUAAAUGUGAGGGCAACAUUCAUGAAGGGAAGUACACUUUGGACCAUGUUGAAGAUGUGGUGGCAAAGGAUCUCAUUGAGUGGAUGAUCAAUGAAGAACCAAUGAACAGACCUAAAGUGGAAGAAUGCUUGAGUCACCCCUUCUUCUGGAAACCUGAAAGGAAAGUUGAAUACUUGAGAAGGACUGGCAACAGGGAUGAGGUGGCAAACUGUCGAAAGGCUGACAAGGAACUGGUUUGUUCAUUGGAAGAAUGUGCUGGAGAUGGAUCCUUCAAACAGUGGAGAAAUAAGUGUCCACCAGAGUUGGUCCAGAAGAUGGAUGCCAAGAACAAAGCCUACCCUGACAACACACUGGGAUUACUGCGCUUCAUACGAAACCUCCAUGAGCACUAUCCCAAGGAUGCAGCCCAAGUUGAUGUGAUGACGAUAUUUCCUGAUCUCUUUGGAUGUGUUUACAAGUUUUCCAAGACCCAAGGGUGGAAUUCAGAGCCCCCCUUAGAGGAAAUGUUUCGGAGAGACGACCUCACCACCAACUUUACAAUGAUGUCCAUAAACCCUAAGGAGCUUCUGGGUGUCCCAGUUCAGGAGUCUCAACCCAGUGUCUUGAAGAUGACUUUAAAAAAUUAAAAAGUCUAACAAGUAGUCAGAGCAAGAAUAAAGCACACGCAAAAAAAACAGUUGUAAUACAGUUUUAAUAGUUAUAGUGUCCCAACUAAGUUGUUUAAAGAGACUAAACAUACAGUUUUUUAAAAUAUCAAAAUAAAUGUGUAGAAGUAUGA